AUGGAUGAGGUUGAGGAGACAAAGCUUCUGUUAAGAAUGGUUCCAAUCGCAGUUACCUUUCUUUUGUAUGGGGAGAUCAAAUCCAACAGUAAUACCUUUUUCAUUGCGCAAGGAAAUGCAAUGGACAGGUGGCUCAAUAAUGCUGCAAUAAAUGUGCCAUGCAAUUUCUGCUACUUUCUCGAUGGGUGGAUUAAUUGCACAGUGGAUGAGGUUGAGGAGACAAAGCUUCUGUUAAGAAUAGUUCCAAUCUCAACUACCUUUCUUUGGUGGCUCAAUAAUGCUGCAAUAAAUGUGCCACGCAAUUUCUGCUACUUUCCCGAUGGAUGGAUUAAUUGCACAAUGGAUGAGGUUGAGGAGACAAAGCUUCUAUUAAGAAUGGUUCCAAUAUCAGCUACCUUUCCUUUGUAUGGGGUGAUCAAAUCCAAUAGUAAUACCUUUUUCAUUGCGCAAGGAAAUGCAAUGGACAGGUGGCUCAAUAAUGUUGCAAUAAAUGUGCCACGCAAUUUCUGCCACUUUCCCGAUGGAUGGAUUAAUUGCCCAGCGGAUGAGGUUCAGGAGACAAAGCUUCUGUUAAGAAUGGUUCCAAUCUCAGCUACCUUUCUUUUGUAUGGGUUUGUACUGAUGGGAAUCAUGGAUGGAUUAGCUCUUUAUGGUAUUGAGGAUUUUUUUGAGUAUCAGGUUCCAGAGUCAAUAAGGAAGAGGUUCUACAGUUACUGUGAUUUUCCAGAAGAGAAAGAUGACGACGAAGAAGAAGAUCCACUUAAAGAAAGUUCCAGAGUCAAUAAGGAAGAGUUGAGAGCUGAAGAUGGAAGUUGGACUGCAAACACUGUGAAUCAGAGCCAUUUGGAUCUUUUUUAUGCUGCAUUUGUGGUCGUGAGCAUAGCCAAUCUGUUAAUCUUUGCAUAUGUUGCUGGGUUCUACAGUUACCGUGAUUUUCCAGAAGCAGAAGAUGACGACGAAGAAAAAGAUCCACAUGAAUAA